AUGGCAUCAAUUCGCCUGGCUAGACCGGCCAGCAGCUUCUGCAGCCGCCUAAUACCUUCUGCAUCUCGUCCUCUCUCCACCAGCGCCGUCCUCCGAGCGUCUACAUCGCCAACUACCGAGAGUUCAAGCUCCGACUCUGCAAAGAAGCUCAAGCCACUUACCCAAGAGCAGCGCGACUAUCUCUCCUCCGCUCUCCGAGUCAACCAGGCCGGUGAACUCGCCGCGACUCUCAUCUACUCCGCUCAGAGCCCCCUCAUCGUCCGCAAGCACCCUCACCUCCGCCCCCUGAUGGCUCACAUGUACGACCAAGAGGCUGCUCAUUUCUCGACCUUCAACAACCUCAUCCACAAGCACCGCGUCCGGCCCACGGCUCUCUACCCGCUCUGGUCUGUCCUCGCCAGUGGCUUGGGUUGGUCCACCGCCAUCAUGGGCCGCGAGGCCGCCAUGGCCUGCACCGAGGCUGUCGAGACCGAAAUCGGUAAUCACUACAACGAGCAGAUCCGCUCCAUCUUGGAGAUGAUUGCUGAGUGGGAGGCGCAAGGUUACGAUGUCAGCGGCGAGAUCAAGCAGCUAGUGGACACCCUACGUAGGAUACGAGACGAGGAGUUGGAGCACCUGGACCAUGCGGUGGAAAACGAUGCCAGAAAGGCGGAGCCUCAUUGGCUAUUGACAAACGUAAUAAGGGCUGGGUGCCGGGGUGCCAUCUGGGAAUACGUGGGGGAAACGAAAUUGAAAUGA